CCGAGAGAGACGUCGGCCCGUCGUGCCUCCUCGUGUUUUCAGUUCCGACCGAACGACGGCGACUAACGAAACUACGGAAAAUCCUCCCGUGAGGGAAGCUUUUGCUCUUGUUUCGUUCUCCUUCCGGCGUUUUGCUCGGCACGCGGCCUCGAGAUGCCUCUUCGCCGGUAGACGCACCGACUCAAAAGGUGGGAGCACGCGGGAAAGCAACAGUGUUUAGCGAUACAAGCCCGUGGAUACGGUGCCGGUUGUCGAAGGGAAGUUACUCUCGAUUGGAACGUUCCUUUAGUUAGAAUACAUCGGAGCACGCUGAGAGCACAGUGACGCAGGAGCUUCGAUUUUGGACCUGCAAGGCGUGGUGGCCAGGAGAGGAAUGUAGUUGUUCGAACACGGACAUUCGUUUUGUAUAUUCGUUGGAUUUUAUACGUUCUGUGUAAAUUAUCGAAAAUAGGCGAGUUGCCUUGUACGAACAAAAGGAGUACAUUAGAGAGAAUCGAUGAAACAAAUAGUGGUUUCGGUGGGUAGUGUCAGUGGCCGUCGCCAACAGGUUACAAGAGCCGAUGAGUAUUUCGAGAAAUAUCGGGAGAAAUCGUAAGAGGCACUCGUACGAUCCGCCUGUUUAUUGUCGCGGAGAAUGAAGAAGAAGUAUAAAAAUAACUGUCCCUGAGUUCGAGCUGAAAUGCACAAUCGCCUGACCCCCACGAACCAAGUUAUCCGAUUUAGGGGAGUGUACUACGUUGCAACGUGUAAUCGCGAGCAACGAUCGUAGUGAAUCAAAGUCGAGACCCGCGCUUUGGCAUUUUCGUAUUAAACGCAACUACAAAUCCACCACGUGCCUUUCUCGUUGUCAUCUCGACGGUUCGUUUCCCCUUCUCUUGACGAUUAAUCCUCGCUCCUUUCGCUUCUUUCCUAGACACACAUAUACACGUACAGCCAUGAUAUCCGCGAUUCUUUCGUUUCACCCGCUUCGCGUUUCCGCAACCAUCGUGGAACAGGUGUCAGCGUUCGUGGAAUUCGAGCAUUCGUCAAUGGCGUUCUACCACUGAACUCGCGGGAUCGACGUCUAUCGUCGUGGAGACGCACAGCACACCCAGAGAACAUUUCCCGAGAUACUCACUCAACAACACCUUGUGGAAAUGUCCGCACAAUGCGCUUCUUCGAGACGUCUACUGUUCAUUCCUCCGGAUGUAGAGGAGUUUGACUUCGAGCCGACGAGGUCGAAGCUUCUCCGAAUUUUCAACGGAGAAUCUGCCGCCGAGAAGGUGCGAUCGUACGGGUCAACGUUGCUCAGACAGUUCUCCGAUUUCUUCAAAGACAACCGAGUGUCGAGGUACUCGCGACACGUUGUCCUUUGGCUGUCUUAGAAAGCAAUUCUAAAUUAGCUAAACGAAACAACAAAGGAGAAACGAAGAAAAGUUUAGAAAGGAAAAUUAAUUAGGGAAAAUUAGCGCGAUUCGAGGAACCAAGGGAAAACGUGGAUCAUCGGUGAAGAGAAAGAGGGAAUUCUCGUGCACAAACGCAGAACGAAAUCGUCUUAGAUCAUUAACGACACGACGUUUUCCAGAUUUCUGGUGCCCUGUUCUGGAAUUCGUGGGAACAGCAUUCGUGUGGCGCAUGCUAUAUCAACUAUAAAUAGAUGUUCUCUCGCGUGGAUUGUACGUCUUGAGCCAGGGCAGACAUCAGAGGUAUAUACAGCGGAACCUCGUGUCACGCACGUCGAGACGACAUUUAGGCUCGACCUUCUCUUGUGUCCUUGGAUCAACUGAGAGGAUGAACCAUAUGUCACUUGCUACAGCCUGUUUCGAUCUUUAGAUACAUCUAGGUAGACGAGUAUUGGGUCCAAAAAGGAAGUCAAACGAAGACAUCCAGCCUUCUCGUAAGGCGAACGUAUCGACUCUGUCCACGCAGCUUCGUAUGCGAAUUUUGUACAACAACAACACCAAGAAACAACGAUACUCUCGCGGAAGACGCAAAACUAAUUUAGCGUAAUAGAGGGGUGUUCCUCGAAGUAAAAGGCAAAGGCACACGCGUCACCGUUAAGUGCAACUGACAUUAUACUUUGUGGCCACUUUUAUUCGUUCACUAUCUCCUCUCAUUUUUUGUAUCUACGUAAAGGAGUCUAGAAACAAAACAAAAAAAAAAAAAAAAAAAGAAAAGAACAUCAAUUCGUCGUCCGACUAGCAACGAAUCUUCUCCUUCGUUUUCUUCUCAUUCCCUUCUCUAGUCGUUCUUUAGGGGAAACAAAACAGGGUUUACACACUGGGAACGAAUUGUGACGAACAUCGCCGAUAUUAGCUGGUGCUUCUCUUUGUCAUCGACGAUCAUUAUGCUCAACUCGUGCUGUGCUUUUUUCUACCGUGCUUGUACGCAUGCUGCGAGUGUUUUUUCAGUGCUGUAGUGUUACACGUUAAUUAUUAAAAGCAGGCUUAACGAGCCUUCGAUCGAACGCCAAACGUCUCGUCGGCCCAGGUACCUGGGAAUAUUCCUGCGAUGCCUGUUAGACGAGGUCACGUGGCGCCCAGGACAACGAUCAUCGAAACUAUCAUCAGGAAGUUCGAUACUCACGAUCGAAGUUUUUUAGUGGCCAACGCUCAACAGGGACUAUGUCACAUAAUAUAUUGCUCGGACGGUUUCUGCCGGCUGACGGGAUUUUCGAGGGCGGAAGUGAUGCAGAGGCCAGCGAUCUGCGACUUCCUUCAUGGGCCAAUGACGUCGCCCCAUGCGGUCGCAGCCCUCCGCGACGCCCUCGCCGCCGGCGUCGAAAAACAUUUCGAGAUCCUUUACUACAGGAAAGACGGCACCAAAUUUCUGUGCAGCGAGGUGAUAGCGCUAAUAAGGAGCGAGGUGGACGACAUCUGCUUGCAAAUUAUAAAUUUCGAGGAUUUGAGCUCGCAGCCACCUCCGCAGCCUGCAAUUCCGCCCCCAAGCCAGACCAACAACAGGCUCGUCACACGCUUCGACAGGGCAAGGGCGUCCUUUCGUGCUGGCCUCUCCAGGACCGGUGUCGUUGGUCCACCAAGGGUCAGGAAUCGACCGAGAACCACGACCAACUUACCUCAUCGACUUGCUGACGGGACCAUCCUCGACGAGGACGCCUCUGAGAACUGCCCACUAACAUGUGGUUCACCUACAAUGAUGGAAUCUUGGGGUCCCGGGAGGACUGGCACACCCCCGCCUGCUCUUCCACCCCCGCCAACUGGGAGCAACAAUGGUGGUGCAACGUCUGCAGCAACCGCAAACGUUGCACAGCCCAGCACAACCGCGCCGAUUGCCAGUCCCGAAGGGGUCAGCGAUGUGUCCCAAAAAUCCGGAAUUUGGGAGGGGGCGAACUUUUCAUCGGCUGGAGGCGCCGAGGGACCUUCUCGAAGCGUGUCGCACGCAGCCAGUUUGGACGCGAUCUCGAGGAGGGCGGUGAAACCGGAAACGACGAGGGCGCCGUGUCGCAGCCUCACCUGCAGCGUUUUAGCGGGCCGAGGGAGCGAACACGUCACCCUCGAACGACGGCCAGCGACAGUCGAUAAUCUCACGGAAGCAACUAAACAUUCGAAAAUCUUUCCUGGUGUUGCGUCCGAAAGUGACUUGCAAAAAUGGCGGACCAAAGACCGGAAGUCGCCAUCCCUCAGCCAGAUAGGACCCGAUUCCAUCAAACACAAAUUUUCCUUGCAGGACAAUGGAUCUGCGAAAUACUUCCAAGGAGCCAUGCACACGUCGAACAUGGGGGAAAAGGUAGCCCAGGUGCUGUCCCUUGGAAACGAUAUCCUCCCAGAGUACAAAUUACAGUCACCUAGGAUCGGCAAGUGGACCAUAUUACACUAUUCACCCUUCAAAGCGGUCUGGGACUGGGUGAUAUUGCUGCUCGUAUUGUAUACCGCUAUAUUUACACCGUACGUCGCCGCCUUCGUCCUGUCGGAUCCGGAUUACAACAGCAGGAAGAACAAAAAGUACAGUGACGAUCCCAUCGUCAUCAUAGACUUCAUAGUCGACGUCACUUUCAUAGUGGACAUCAUCAUAAAUUUUCGCACGACUUUCGUGAAUAGCAACGAUGAAGUGGUGUCCCAUCCUGCAAAGAUAGCCGUCCAUUACCUGAAGGGUUGGUUCAUCAUCGACCUAGUGGCCGCCAUACCCUUCGAUCUUUUUCUCGUUGGCUCUCACACUGACGAGCUCGGCUUGGACAAGGACGAGACGACCACCUUGAUAGGACUAUUGAAGACUGCUCGUCUUCUGCGACUCGUCAGAGUAGCCAGGAAAAUCGACAGGUAUAGCGAAUAUGGAGCUGCGGUUUUACUCCUUUUGAUGGGCACCUUCGCUCUAAGUGCCCAUUGGAUGGCGUGUAUAUGGUACGCCAUAGGAAACGCGGAGAGACCAACGCUGAAGAGCAAAGUCGGUUGGCUCGAUAUUCUGGCCAACGACACGCAUCAGUUUUAUUUUCACAACAACACCGGAGGGCCGAGUAUAAGGAGCCGCUAUAUCACAGCACUAUAUUUCACCUUUAGUAGUUUGACAUCAGUGGGCUUUGGAAACGUGGCUCCAAACACGGAUGCCGAGAAGAUAUUUACUAUAAUCGUUAUGCUAAUCGGAUCUUUGAUGUAUGCCAGUAUCUUCGGUAACGUCUCAGCGAUCAUUCAGAGGCUUUACAGCGGUACAGCGAGAUACCAUACGCAAAUGCUUCGAGUUCGAGAGUUCAUCAAGUUCCAUCAGAUCCCUAAUCCGCUUCGUCAACGGUUGGAAGAGUACUUUCAACAUGCUUGGACGUACACGAACGGAAUCGACAUGAACAGCGUUCUAAAAGGAUUCCCCGAGUGCCUUCAGGCGGACAUCUGUCUUCAUUUGAAUAGAAAUCUUUUAAACAACUGUAGAGCCUUCGAGGGUGCCAGUCCUGGUUGUUUAAGGGCGUUAUCAUUGAAAUUUAAAACGACACACGCACCACCCGGUGAUACGUUAGUUCAUCGAGGAGACGUGUUAACGUCCCUGUACUUCAUAUCGCGCGGCAGCAUAGAGAUAUUGAAGGGCGACGUUGUGAUGGCAAUCCUGGCCAAGGACGACAUAUUCGGGGAGAAUCCUUGCAUAUAUCCGACCGUCGGCAAAGCGUCUUGCAACGUGCGUGCGUUGACGUACUGUGACCUGCACAAGAUACACAGGGACGAUUUACUCGACGUUUUGGCUCUUUAUCCGGAGUUCUCCAAUCACUUUAGCCAGAAUCUCGAGAUCACUUUUAAUCUGAGAGAUGAGGAACAGGCUGGUGUCGAUCCAAUAUCAGCAAGGUUUCCUGUCAGUACUCCAACGGACGUCGAUAUCGACGCUAGGAGAUUCGCUUUCCGUCCACCAAGAUACCGUCGAGGACCCGGUGGUCCUGGCACCAAUCUUAUCCCUACUGGUCGACAAGACUCUUUACAGGGUGAUCAGGAAGACUACGACAAGGGGAGUGGUCAUGGAAUUCUGGAGUUCAGUACCGACAAAGCCGGCCAAGACGUGACACCAUUGAACCUAGAGUUCGACGAGCCAAAGCAAAGAAGCUCCACAUUGAACUCCAUAACCGGCAUGCUAACCCAUCUCAAGCGCAGCAUACCGGACCUACGUCAGCACAAGAUCCAUCUUCAACCACUGACGAGUCACGAUUACCUUGCCAAGCAGAUGACCACGCCAUUGACGAAACCAACACGGAGAAGCUCAGCCGCCGGUGAAAGCUGCCUCAGCCAAAACGCUGUGCAUCCAACCUCGACGACAUCCAGUCAUUAUACCACGCCAUCGCCACCGCAACAUCCACAAUCUCAUGGUGACUUUCAAAGUGGACCAGGCCGGCCUGUAGAAGAGAUAAACGCGAGAAUAGACCAACUAUCGCGACAAGUGACCUCACUGGAGCAUUCUAUGGGUGAGGACAUCAGAUUGAUUUUGAAUCUGCUACAACAGACGCUCAAUUCAUCGAGGGAAAGUUCCAGCAUCGAGAUGAUGCCUGGAACCACCUCGGCCGGGCUGUCGAAAAGUAGUAGAGCUCCAGCAUUGGUCCAACGAUCGGCCAGUGAACCGCAACCGCCGACAGGUCCGCCGUCGAACAAUGGAAAUGGAAAGCUUCAGCCUAGCACGUCUCACAGUUUGUUUAGCUUUCUUUCGAAAUCCCUGGAUCAGUUGCAUUUGAUUUCGACGUCUUUUAUUUUGGAAAGGUUGGACAAGUUCCGAAGACCUCCAACGAAGGAGCCAGCGUCAACGUCCUCGGGUACGUCACGAUUGACAGUCACGUCGGAUAGUUCCGCCCUGGCGACAGCCCUGCAGACAGCGUUGAGAACAGCACCCACAAGGUCACAGAGCCAACCCGUCGAUCUAGCCGUGCCACCACCCACACAACAGGCACAUCUGCCGCACGGAUGGCAUAGUCAACCUGCUGCAUUUAGGAGAGGAGAGUUCAGAAGUGGGUACAGUUCGUUCAACAAGCGUUCAGAACCGGAAGGGGACGAUCCGUGGAGCUGCGUGGUGUCCGUAUCGGAUCGAGGAAGCUCUCAACGUCCUCGAAGCAGCGAGUCUCGAAAAGAACCAACGAACCAUCGUGGUUCCACCGAUCUAGCAAGUAGUCAACGUUCAGAUGGCAGGCAACUUACUCGAGAGGAUGGCAUAGGUCAAGCGUCGGGACAACGACAAGAGUCCUCGAGGCAAACGAGCGAAGACAUCUCCUGGGAAUUCACGAUAAACGAGGCGCCGAUCGCGAGAUUAGAAUCGUUGGAUGAACUCGACCAGGAUCACGGUAGUUAAGGCCAAGGUUUCCCCUUCCUUUUUGAAGUAACUGCAGCUCGCUUACGACUGAAACGCGACGCGUUGUUGAGCAAUCGACAACAUAAUGAUUCUAAUGAUUCAUUCGGAUGGCUGUGGACUCCUUCCGUUCCUUUUUGGAGGAUCUAGAAAAUGUGGCGCCAGGAUAGAAUAUGCGUCCGCCGAUCGAUUUUCUCCUGGAGAUUCCUUUUGGCUUUGAUUUGUUGAUUGGAGUUGGUUUCAUGUACUUCUUUUAUGGAGUAAUUUUGGAUACUGUGUCGUUGAGCUUGGCAAUUUGUGAUUCGUCAAACUCGAUUUUUCACGAGUGUUGGUGAAUAAUAAUAACACUCUGUUAGGUUGAUGCAUAUGAAACUUUGUUUCGUUUAAGUUUGACUUUGACGGACUUGUGGAAAUAUAUUUCGUUUUAAUGUCAAUUAUCAAAUAUAUUAAAGAAGAAGAUAUUUGAUAUAGAUUAAGUGUAUUUAGUAUUAAGAAGAUUUGUAAUAAAAAAUCGUAACCUCGUUAUUGGUCAGCAUAAAUGAUCAGAAUGUUCGUGUUAUUCUUUCAUGUGAGUUUCCAUUUAGAAAUAAAUCUAUUUUCAGAUUUAUAACAAGAUUUUUAAUGAAACGUUAAUCGUUGAAAGAGUAUACUGAACAAAGCACAUGGAAAUUAUCUUUAACACAUUUUUUCUAUUAAAUUAUUUCAAUUAAAAAGGCAGUACUUCAUAUGCACAAACCUAAGGGUUUCUUCGUUCGUUCGACCACUUAUUUUUCUACUUGUAUUAAAUCUAUGUGUUUAAUAUUUUAAGUAGAAUCUUCACGUAAUGUAACAUUUUCGGUUUCUUUCAAGCUUUUUAUUAUACAUUGCGUUACUAAUCGCGAGGCAUUAUUAUGAAUGAUUAGUGACUUCAGUAUUAUAAGCAAAGCACUAUAUCUAUUAUUACACUUGAUCAUUUAUAUGUAUAUGUACAUUCUCUUCAAGGAAAGAAGAUUUUCUCCAACUAGUUUGGCCGGGUUACCACAACGUUGUCGAUAAAUUUUCGAGCGUGGAAUGAUUAAGAGAAAAUCGAUUGGCAAUCGCACAGCAAUAUCGUCGUGGUACAAGAAGUUUUUAAGUUUGAAAGAGCGAAAAGACGAGAGGAAAGAGUGAGAAUGGAAAGCACGAGCGGCGUUUCAGAAAGCUAUACACGUACAUACACAAAGACACAAGUACACGUACACAGGUACAUAUUACAUAGACGCAAUUAUUCCGUGGUAUCGACACAUUUAAUCCUACCGUUGGAACAUGAACUUGCCUUCGAGGUUUCUACCCCGUAUUAACGCUACAUUUCCUUUGAGCAAUUUUUUAAUCGAGUUAAUCGAUAUACACAUUCGCAUCUACACACAUACACAGAUACACAAAUUACUAUGUAUUCCCCUCCGGAAGCGAUGCUUUUUUGUUUUACACGUGGAAAAGUUCUCUUUCGUUACUCGAUAACAUUGAAAAGAAGAAUAAAAGGAACGAACAGCGAGGGGAAUUAAAGAAGAAUUAAAAGAAAUAAAAUGAAAGUACAAGAUAACAGGCAGAAGAUCGAUGUUCAUAAAGUAAGACGAAAAAAAAAAUGUUUAAAGAUACACAAAAAUAAUUAAAGGAGAAAUUACAAUGUGCAGCUCGUGGAGAGAGAGAGAGAGAGAGAAAGUUUCUUAAAUUUUCGGAGUCCUUCGCGUCAUGAUAAAUACACGUAGCUAAGUUCAAAAUUAAGAUUAAUAUCGACUGAGAGCACCUUCUUUUUUUAUUGCUUAUAAGCGAUGUUUAAAAGAUAAGAUUAUACGAAGAAAUUAGAAGAAAGCAGCGGGGGAUGAUAAAAAUUGCGUCAAAUAAAAAAGGGAAACAUAGUGUUGCGAUCUUCGGGAGAUAUACGUGUUUAAGUUAAAUAAAAGCAAGGGCAUUGUCGGGGGCGAAUUACAAAAUGGCUGGACGACCCAUGACGAACAAUUAGAUAUUGCGAGAGUAAUAAAAGAAAUACAAAAGAUAAUUAAAUAAUUAAAAUACAAUUCUGAGUGCCACCUACGAAGUAAAACUGCAAUGUCCUUUAUACAGACAACCAAAAAAAAAAAUAAAUUAAUAAAUAAAUAAAUGAAACGAUUAAAGAGGGAAAAAAUACACACAAGGCAAGCGAAAGAGAAAACGGGAAAAUUAAUACGGAGAGAAUUUAGAUAAUGACUAAUAUUCUUACUAUUAUUAUUAUGAUUAUUAUUACGGUUAUUAUUAUUAUUGUUACAUUAUUAUUAUAUUAUAAUUAUAUUAUUGAUAUUAUUAUUGCCAUAAACGUAGGGAUGAAAACGCAAGCGCGACGGGGGAAGAGGCGAGGAAAAUGUAGUAAAAUAUACCGACGGGUAUAAAAAUGGUAAAACGACUAAAAAGAAAAAAGAGAGAAAAGAAAAUGACAAAAAAAAAGUCUAAUGAAUGAACAAUUGCCUGCGCAAUAACGGUAUAUAAAUUAUAUAUAUAUAUAUACCUACAUGUUAUACAUACACGUGCGUGUGUACGUAUAUACACUGAGCAAUUAUGCGUGCGUCUAUGUCUAUGCGUAUACACGUUGUAAAGAAAUUUUUUACAAGAUAUCUCGAAUUAAUUAAUGCUCCUAAGCGUACGUUGGUUUCUCUUCCUCUCUUUUCGUUCUCGACCUCCCGAGUUUACUUUUUUCACCCCCUCCGGCGAUUUAUCACGCAGUGAUAAGGGUGAAAAGCGAUGAUCGAUGAUCCCCGAUCAUCCCCGUAUAAAUCGUUUUCCACGCUGAUCGAACUCUGAUCACGAUUUUCUUCGAUGUUAUGUUGUUAACGAAGGUGUUAUGGUUCGAUUAUCGAUUGAUAUGACCGUUGACAAUAAUUGGAAACUAAUCUCGAAUUAUUUAACAGUCUGACGAAAAAAAUGAGUAAUAAAUUAUAUUUUUCCAGUCAGAAUAAAGCAUCGAUCUUAAAAAAAAAAAAACCUGAACAUAGAUGAUCGAAAUUACAUAUCACUUCGAGUGAAUAUAUUAAAUAUCGAAUUUAAUUCAAAGCAAUAUUUGAAUUAAUUAUCGAGGAACAAAAGGAAACGCCAUUGAAAUUAAAUGAAAGUAACUAAAUUUGAAAAUCGAAAUUUUCAAAAGAAAGUACGCAUAUAUUAAAAUUGUAAGGAAUGAAUGUGAAAGAAAGAAUGAAUUGUGAGAGGUAAAUUCCGAAUGCGAUUGGGGGAGAGGGGAGGCUCGAUCGAGGAUCAUCGAUCACAGAUCUAUUCGUUCUUUGCUCAGUAUUUUAGGCUGUAAAUGAUACCGAUACAUUCGAUGUAACGAUUAAAUGACUCGUAGUUACUUUGUAACGAGAGGAGCAGCGACGCAGCGCUAAUGAGAAGCAGCUUUUUAAUUACAAAUAGCGAUUAUCUUUGAUUAUUAUUACUACCAGUAGUACACGCAGCACACGUGGAUUUUCGCACUUAGGUACACGGCGAAACGAUACGGAUUUAUUGUUCUUUAAAAAGAAAAUGCAAAAAAAAAAAAGAGAGAGAGAAGCAACAGAUGUUCGACAAAUGGUCCAGAAAGAGGGCAACAGUGAAUCACUUCAGGAGGAAAAAAACAACAGUUCUCGUUCGUUUCUUUUCUAAUCAACAUGUUUAUACGAAUUAAUAUACACAGAUUUAUUAUAAAAAUCCUAUUUUUCGAAAAAUUAUGGAUAUAAUUGAAUGUUUUCAAUUCUAAGAACGAUCAUUGAUUAUUUUUCAAGUAUCACCGAAUUUUUGCUAUUUUAUCACACUAGAUGGGAAUUUUUCUGUUUAAUUUUAAACGAUUUCAUUCGAUCGAGUGAUGGACGAAGAACGACGCUUAACAAAAAUUUAUCCAAGUGUGUUGAACGAUGAAUGCACAACGAUAAGUAGAAUUUUAUUUCUAAGGAUAACCAGCCUGUCAAACGUCGAAAGUGUCUACAAGAAAAAAAUGCCUGUUCAUUUUCAAAUCGUUGAUCAAUGUAUCUGUCCAAGAAUGAAGAGAAAACAGUAAAAAUUCUCUUAUGUUUCUUAGAUCCGAUUUUUCUUUACCAGUCGUUUAUAAAAGAUGCGAUCGUCGACGAAAUUGAUGUCGCUGAAAGAGUCGGAUACCGAAAAAAAAAAAAAAAAGAAAAAAAUAAACGUCCAUUGCAUCAUCUUAAAGAAUAUUCCGCGAAGAUUUCGUUCAAGUCGCCAGAAUUCACUCCAUACCCUUUCGAACAUCGAAUUUUUGCGAAAAUUUUUUAGAAAUAUCACGAGUGAAUAGCAAUAAUUAAAAUAUUUCGACCAUGAAAUAUAUAAGAGACUCGUGUUGUAUGUCUUUCGAAGAAAUUUUUUAAUUAUAAUGAUACAACGGUGAGAAAGAUCAUUCGGUUUUCUGAUUGCAAGAUGUCAACACGUAACUUCGCCGGCAACUCAAACUCGUUUUCUACAUUUUAGGAUAACGAGAGUAAGUCGUGAUAUUUGGAAAAAUACGGCUGUAUUUGUUUAGAAAACGAUCGACUCAAUGAUGCAAAACGCGAUGAUUCCCAAUAGAGAUCCGCUCUUUUUUUCUGACCGCAAGAAUAUCAAAACCGAGAGAAGCAAAAGAAGAACAAUAGGGACGAUACUUGCAACAGUGUUUCAUUUUUCUUCUGGAAAAUUUCCAACGCAAGCUUUUGCUUUGUAUUUCUUAAUUCAAGCCUUUUGAGAAGAAGCUUCCAAAGUCGAAAUAAAUUAGUAAAAAAGGCACGAAAGUUUGCGUUAGAAAUUUUACGAGGAAUUAUCAAACCUAUCCAAGCUUGACUCGAAAUUUCACCAAAUUUCAAUUCGAAUUGAAAUUCUUCAAAUUCCUUAAAAUCCACCAUGGGAUUAAACAAGUUCCACGAUGUCGAUCCGAGAUUAAAAUUCGGACGACAUCGAGUUCGUUUCUCUUUGAGAUAAUCGUAAUUCCCUUCAUAGACGUUUGAACUUGUCGUCACUUCGUCCUUCGUCAAACCUUCCUGUUUCCUUCAGACUGAGAACGAUUUUUAUCGAAGGAUCAGAAUUUUUGGACCGGCGGUCGUCGCACGAACGUCUUCGAGUUUCUCGAUCGAAAACAUUGAACAUUUCCGUGACGACCAUUAAAUGCAGCUGAGUAAGACUCGAUGCAGACGAAUGAAUUUUGUGUCGCAGUACACUGCAUUAUAUGGAGAAACAUACGUGUAUUUUAUUAUAUAUCAUAUCGUGAAUUUUAUUACAUAUAAUUCGCUUAAAGAUUCUGGUUAUCAUCCCCAGAAGUUGUUUAUUUAUUUGUUAACACUUUGACUCUCCCUUUGACUAUAAAAUAUUAUACUAUCUCGUCGUAACCACGUUUAUCUUCUAAUUUGUCAUAAUACUCCAAAAAGAAGAGUAAUAACAAUUCGAUAAUAAUUUGCUGUUAGUCGUACCUCUAUAGCGUUGCAUAGUCGGAUUUUUCUCCUAACUUCUAGUACUUCUAAUUUCUAAUUUCUAAUAAGAGAGUAAAAUAUCUUCAAUGGAAUGCUCGGAAACGCUACAACACACGCUUACGUGAUAAAUAACAAGUUUUACAAGAUCGCAAGACAAACUACGUAUGCCUGCAUCGACUCUUAUAAAACCAACACACGCAUAUUAUACACAUAAGGACACGUACACAGAGAAUCAUCGAUAAUUAUAAUUCCAUACGUGCGUAUUAUAAAAGUAUGUUCGUUUUUUAUCGAAGCUGCCUCUCGCUUUUGAAUUCUACCGCGGCCGUACCGAGACAGGGAGAGAGAGAAUAAAUUGGGGGAGGGAUAAAAGAGUCGAAACGUUCAGAGGGUCGUUGUUCGAGGUAGAUUUCGUGCCAGGACCGAGUUUCAGUUUGUCACGAUGUCAGGCUGUGUAACGAGAUUCCGUCAGGAGUGUUUCUCGACUCGGAAACGAAUUGAUUAAUUCAAUUGAUUUAAUCUUCUCGAGGGAAAUUUUAGAGGUAGGUUACUCGAGGAUUGAUUCUAUUCGUCGAGAGGAUUUUUAAUUAAUUUUGGAGACUCGAGAGCGAUUGUAAAGGUGGUUGAAAGUAUUUAAUAGGUAAAUGUGAAAUUUAAUUUUAAUUUCGUGCGCAACAUACGAUUUUCAUGAUUCAGUUGUACACUUAAAUAUGGAAAUCAACGUGAUUUAUAUACUUUAAAGAUUCAGAGGACGAUAUUUAAGAACAUGUAGCUGAAAAUUCUCUUAAUUUGUCGCGUAAAAUGAAAUUUCACUCUUAACGCAGGUCAAAUUAUUUAAUAUUAUUCUUUGAUUCCAUUCCUGAAAGAACAUUACGCAUUCCUAAAUAUCAAAAUGUUACAUUUAUUUAGAUCCCUUAUAUUCUUCCGUAACAGGAAAAUUACAAAGAAAUAUUCGUGACUAUUAAAUAAUUGGGGAAUGUAGGACUACGACGUCAGAAAUUGGCAAUAAUUCGUUAAACUAUCCGUGCCAGGUUCGCAAUAAUUUAGUGAUAAGUGUCCUCGAUGGAACAUCAAAUGUGAUAAUACAGAAAAAGAUUCUCUGGAACUUCCCGAGUAAUUUGCAAUUUUAUUGCGACAAUUAAAAGACAAAUUGAUCUCGAGAAGAUAAUUCGAGGAACACUCGUCGCGAAUGCGUCAUUCGUUUGUAAAGUGGAUAAGAGAGUCUUAAACGUGAGAUAAAGUUUAGAGCAAAAGGAAUGAAAUUUGAAGAAGAAAUAAAAAGAAGGGGAAGGAAAUAAGCGUGAGAGUGAGAGAGGGACGAAACGAAAUCCUACAUCCGCGGUAGAUGAAUUUACUCGCGUUUUUUCCCAGAUUAUGCAAUUUAAGAUUGUUCUGUAUAUAUAUACAUAUAUACAUAUAUAUAUGACAUAAUCUUGGAUCGUAUCGAUUAUAACAGUGAGCGCACUGAUUUGUAAACACGUAACAAAGAGAGAAAAAGGAUUUGUUCGUGUGGAAAGGGGAGAAAGUGCGUGUGAGUGAGAUAGAGAGAAAGUUAAGUGCGAAUGAAAUAUGAUGAAAGUGGGGGAAAAAAAACGAAAGAGAGUGUAUGAGAGUGAGAAAGAAACGUGCGAGAGAGAAGACACAAGAUUUUUGUACCACCCCCGUAAAUCAAUUCCUGCUCUUCACCGAGCACCCUCCGAUUAAAAUAAAAUUACACGAGUGUCUUUAUUCUUACCCCUCAUCGACAAAGAUUUCAUGAAUACAAAAAUAUAUGGAGAAUUAUGGAGAGCAAUCGCUUGAAAGAAAAUAUCGCCUCGAAUUUUUUACAGCGUAGCUCAAUAAAAAUGUUCGCAUUCAACAAA